AUGAAUACCAGAGAUUUAGUAGUAGGAAUGAUCUUCUUAUUACAGACUGUAUUUGGAACCCUGGGGAAUUUCUUUCUUCUUUUUUAUUAUUUCUUCCUUCCCAUCGCAGGAUGUCGGCUGAGGCCCAUAGAUUUCAUUGUCAAGAAUCUGAUUGUAGCCAAUUUCUUGGUACUGUUCUCAAGUGGAAUCCAUUCAACCAUGGAAUCUUUUGGGGUGUUUCAGAACCUCAGUGACCAAGGGUGCAAGUUUCUCCCCUACAUUCGUGGGGUUGGCCGGGUUAUGUCCAUUGGGACUACCUGCCUCUUGAGUGUCUUCCAGGCCGUCACCAUCAUUCCAAGGAGCUCCAGAUGGGCAGUGAUAAAAGACAAAGCUCCCAAGUGCAUUGUCCCUUCUGUUGUCCUGUGCUGGAUGGUCAGUGUGCUAGUGAAUGUCAUUUACCCUGUAUUCAUGUCUAGUAGUUUGGGUAUCAAUAAGACCUCCAGUGCAAAAAAAUUUGGGUACUGUUUCUCUGUCUGUCAUGAUCAAAUCAUGGACUCAAUGUAUGCUGUGUUGCUCUCCUUCUCUGAUGCGAUAUUUUUUGUGGUCAUGCUCUGGGCCAGUGGGUCCAUGAUUCUGAUCCUAUACAGGCACAAGCAGAGAGUCCAACACCUUCACAGAAGCAGCAUAUCCUCCAAAUCCUCCCCCGAGUCCAGGGCCACCCAGACUAUCCUCUUUCUGGUGAGCACUUUUAUCUACUUUAACAUUAUUUCCUCCAUCUUCCAUAUUGCUUUGGCUGUCUUCAAUAAUCCCAACUGGUUCCUCUUAAACAUCAACGCAGUGAUCACUUUGUGUUUCCCAACCAUCUGUCCUUUUCUGCUUUUGAGUCGUGUGUCCAGUGUGUCCAGACUCUGUUCUAUGUGGGCCUUGGCAUACGGAGGCAUCAAUCGCACAACUCUUUCUUUCCCCUGCACAAAAAGCACCAAGAACCUGCCAGUCGGGUCUCAAGCUCAGCCUCUUGCCAAAACUCGCAUCCCUACAUCCCUGCAUCUCCACCCCCGCCCGUCAUCCGAUAACGUCAGGCAGCAUCCCUCCCGACACAUGCGCAGAGGCUUCCUUCAGGACUCCCUUGAAGGGCAGGCGGUGCCUCCUCUCUUUCCUGCCCUCUCAUUGGCCGGCAGCGCCUGCCCGUCACGGCCGUCGUUAGUGGCGCCGAGGGCGGGCGCAGUCUCAGUCGCUAGGCGACGCGCGCUUCCGCUUCCUCUCCUCCGUCGGGUGACCAAUAGCGGCGCGCGGUGGGCGGGACUUGGCGCCCGGCUGACCAAAGAGACGCGGCUCGGUCCAUGA